AUGUACAACACCUUUGCAGCUCGUCCUGGGCAUCAAGGGAUUGACGCCAACACUCGAUUCAUCUGGAACGAGAGAACGUACAUCACCGGCAGGGCCAUCGGCAAUGAACCAAACAUUGUGCAUCGAUAUCUCUUCAUGCCGAUUCAACCGGGUCAGUACACCCAAGUGCAGCUCCUUGGCGAGAUGCUGAAUUCUGUGGAGAGCAGAAGGGCCAGGAUAACAGAUGAUCCGAACAGACCGUGGACUGGUGGAGUUUACUGGGUCCAUUCCUUCUAUACCCACGAGGUUGGUGAUGACAAUAUCAACGAGAUUUAUUCCAGGUUCCGUGAUGAGAUUUACGAUACUUACAGAGCGCAGCGAAAUGCUGAGCCGCGUCGGUCCCAGCAGCAGGCGACAAAUGGCCAAGGCGGUCCAAGAAAUGGAAAUGGCGGUGGUAAUAGCACCGGCGGCAAUGGGGCCAGCCCGGGCUAUGAUGGAAAUCAUGGCCUUGGAGAUGGUCACUAUCGAGACCAUGGCUAUCAUCGUUCCGGCGGUGGGGGCUAUAUGCGUUAUUGA